GUCCUUUGUCGCGUAAGAAACACACCGAGGAAGAAGCGCAAAGCAUCACAGAGGUCUUCUGUGGUUGUUUUUCGAAGCAUAUAUCCUUCGUCGCUUUGUCGUGUUAUCGACCCCACGAUUCAUUACCUUCCCCUCCACACGUUUCACCCAGUGGACAUCUGCGCAGUUGAGUGUGUGUCUGUCCAUCUCCGCUAGUUUGUAGCACGCUUCAUACCUUUUUUUUUUGCUGCUGCCAGCUUUUCUGUUCUUGUUUGCUAUAAAGCUCCGCUUCGGUGCUCUUUGUUUCUCUCUCUUCGUUCUUCUUUGAAAGUUUCUUGGCGGUUCUUCCUUCGGCCAUCCUCUACAAUUAUUCCUGCGGGCAGAGGCCGUCGUUUCUUUGCCUGCUACGAAGUCGUACCGCUUUGCUGUCUUUCCGCGUUUCUUCUCGACUGUUGAAUCCCGAUUCCUUCUCGCGGCGCUUUUUGCGGUUUGCGUUCGCCUCUCUCGCCGAAGCUGUUCUUUGCGCCUCCCACUCGCUGUUUCUCCUCGACUCAAAAUAGCGGCGUAAACAUAAAUAUACGAAGCCACCCCAUUAGCCGUCCUGUUGCCUCUUUUUCCUGAACUUGCAGCCUCUUCGCCACUUCCUUAGGUCACCGUUGCUGUGUCAUGCUCGAUAGCGGUGUUUCGAGCGCACGAUAUCCAGCAACUAAACAACGAACUAACUUUUCCGUUUCUUCUCCUUCUGCAGAUUGCGACAAUGCCGCUCUCGGUGCGCACGGCAGACGGGAGGGCCAACGCCGUGGCCUUCUCCACCGUCACGGAGGAUUCGGAGGAGCAGCAAGAGGUCGAAGUCUCUAUCAGUUCCGUCUCAAACCAAUCGGGCAAGGUGAAGCGGAUGCUGAUGACGGACCGCGGUGACCCGUCCGUGGCUCCCCCGGUCUGGGAGCCGCUGACAAGCACGGAGCUGUUCGACGAAGACGGGAAGCCACGCCCUGAUGUGGCGCUGGAACACUUCAAAAAGGAAGGUCUCCUGAGUGAGGCGGAUGCUCUCACGAUUAUUACACGGUGCGCGCUGAUUUGGAAAGACGAGCCGAACGUGAUGCGUUUGGAAGAUCCGGUGGUGAUCUCCGGCGACAUCCACGGUCAGUUCUUCGACUUGGUGAACCUCUUCUCUAUCGGCGGCAACCCACGCGACCAACGGUACAUCUUUCUCGGCGACUACGUGGAUCGCGGCUGCUUCGGCAUGGAGGUCAUCUUGCUGCUCAUGUGCUACAAGAUCUGCUACCCAACGACCAUGAUUAUGCUGCGCGGCAACCACGAAAGCCGCCAUCUCACCGCCUACUUCAACUUUAAACGGGAGGUGCUGUACAAGUACUCUAUUGCGGUGUACAAUGCGAUGAUGUCCGCCUUCGACUGCCUCCCGCUGGCCUGUACUCUCAACAACCGUUUUCUCUGCCUGCACGGCGGUCUGUCGCCGGAGCUGAAGCGAAUCGCUGACAUCAACGCCAUCCACCGCUUCCGCGAGCCGCCGUCGUCGGGCCCGAUGUGCGACCUGCUCUGGGCCGACCCGCUCGACGAAAAGGAAGAAGACCCCGCAGCCCCACAGCACUUUGUGCCCAACACGACGCGGGGCUGCUCCUACGUGUACAGCCACGCCGCGGCCUGCAGCUUCCUGCAGGAGAACAACCUCAUCACCGUCAUCCGCGGCCACGAGGCGCAGGACGAGGGCUACCACCUAUACAAGAAGACCGCGAAGGGAUUCCCAGCCGUGAUCUGCAUCUUCUCCGCCCCCAACUACUGCGACACCUACGACAACCGGGCCGCCAUCGUGAUGCUGAACAAGAACGUCAUGAACAUCCGCCAGUUCAACAGCAGCCCGCACCCCUACUACCUGCCGAACUUCAUGAACGCCUUCACGUGGUCGCUGCCCUUUGUGGCGGAGAAACUGCUGGAUAUUUGGACCAACGUGCUGCACCUGAUCGAUGUGAACGAGGAUCAGUAUAUCCUGCCGGGCAGCGAUGCCGAUGGGGUGGUGUGCUCACCCACAAACGGUGACAAUGGCGCUAAUGCAGGCAAUGGGCAGAGUAGUGUGCUGGAGCAGCGAGGCGAGCACAUCCGCAAGAAGAUUCUGACGAUGGGCAAGCUGUCUCGCAUGUUCCGCACCCUGCGGGAGGAGAAUGAGAACAUUGUGCGCCUGAAGGGUCUUGCGGGUGGCACCCUGCCGCAGGGUGUAUUGCAGCUCGGCCCGGAGGGUGUGAAGGAGGCGAUUCGCGGAUUUCAGCGUUCGAAGGAGAUUGACUCACCGAACGAGCGGUGGCCCGACAGCCCGCUGGAGGACUCCGCCGCCUCCGCGCCGAAUGCGGUGACACGGGCCCUUAGCGAGCAUUCUUCGCUAUCCAGCACGUAA